AUUUAUUUUUAAUACAAGUGGUCCGUCUCGGGCGAAACAGUCUCUGCCUCAACUUCGUCAGUUGGUAGAAAGACAAAAUGGCAGCCCCCAUACAGCGCAUUGGAAUAGUAGUCUGUCGCACUUUUCCUUUUCUUUUACAAAGACAUCUUCAAACACAGAUUAUUCGUGAGUGGAAAAUAACCUCAAGUAUUGCUCCAGUCCAGUGGGUGAAUAUUCGUUUCUCUUCAUCAUCAUCAUCAUCUGCUGAUGGCACUGAAUCAGCUGAGACACUUUCUAGAUAUGCAGACAGACCAUGGGACUACUUAGAAAGUGAAGAGUAUAUUGAGCGCUAUGGGUCAAAGCCUGUUUGGUCAGACUACAGAAGGAACCACAAAGGCGGCAUCCCUCCUCAAAAGACAAGAAAGACCUGUAUUAGAGGAGAUAAAAUCUGUGGGAACCCAUGUCCCAUCUGCCGUGAUCCGAAUGUCAUUAUCCAUUACAAGAAUGUGAACCUUUUGCAGCAGUUCAUUAGUCCUCAAACAGGAUUCGUGUAUGAUCCCACUCGAACUGGUGUGUGCAUGAAACAACAGAAACUUCUUAACAAGGCCAUUGAGACGGCUAGAGAUCACGGUUUAAUUCCUGUCCAGUUACCUCAUGUUGACUAUUCAAAAGAGGACUACUCAAAUACCCACGGCGCUGUAGGACAAACGCCUGCCCCAUCCUCUCUCACCGCAGGAGAACCGUGGUAUCCAUGGUACGGCAGUAUUAAACCAGAUGAGCGAGAAUUGGCGCGAGUGAAGAGGAUCUACAAAGCCUAUCUGAAAUAGAUUACUUCUGAAUCUUGUUGAAAUUUCAUUCAGAUUAUUCAUUUCCAUAAUGAUCCUUAAAUGAGCUUCAAAGGAUGUGUACAUUUCCUAUAAAAUGUAUUACAUGUUCAAAGUCAGAAAUAAAACCUCCAAAAAGAACUGGAA